AUGGACAACCCCUCUCAUCCAAUCUACGCUGAGCUGAGGCAGCUCAGGAGCACUUUCAACCGCAGACUGAUCCAGCCCCGAGCCUCAAAGAGGUUUGGAGGCUCGUUUGAUCAAUGCGAACGAUCAAUGUUAAUAACUUUGCUGCAAUGCUUGUGUGUGAGCAGGAGUUGGCCUGCGGGGGCGGCCGGUGCCAUGACAGGAGUUUUACGUGACAGGACCGCAGCCCUGUUUGAUCUACGGCAGAAACGCCGGGAGGAGCAAGAGUUUAACGCGGAGAAGGAGGAGCGCGAACAGGUGUUGGAGAGUUUGAAACAACGCACAGAUGAGCUGCACGAGAAGAUUAAGGAAGUGGAGGAGUUAUACUCCGGCUUUGACAUGUUUCUCAAGGAUGAAGACGCUGAUCAAGCUGCUGAGAAAGCAGAGAGGGAGAGGAAAGAUAGGCUUCAAAAAGAGGCAGAGAUUAGGAGGCUGAAGGAGAAGUAUUUCAACGAUGUGCGGCUGCUCAUGGGUCAUUUAGAGAGUCUUCUCCACUUUAAAGCCCAGCUCUGUCAGAGGGAGAGUGAGGCGCAGGAGCAGGUCGACCAGCAGAGAAAAGCAAUUCUGACCCUGGAGGACCAGUAUCACUUAAUGCGGCUGCACAAGAACAACCAGCUGUCCCAACUUCAGACCGAGCUAGAGAGGACACGCUCUGAAGCUCUAACAUGGGAAAGGAAGUGGAACCACAUUCAGGAAACAGCGGCAAAGAAAACACUCCUCCUGGGUCAGAUUAAGAUGGCGACGCUCAACCUCUACGGAAUGACAGAAGACGAGGUAGAAGGAGAGGAAGGUGUGGAUGUGAACGACACAGACAAACAGCUGGACAAGGUCAAGAUGUUCAUCCAGGACCACGAUGACAUACUGAAACAGCAUCAAACCCCCUCGCACAGACACAACGAUGGACAGAAGAGAAAACAACAGAAAAGAAACAAGGCCGAAAAGAGCAUCGCGACCCACUGCAAAAAAUAUUAAAUUUCCAUGCUGCUUUAAAACUGAAUUCACUGAACUUGUUUUAAUGUAAAACUCAACAAUCAAUAACUGAUUAAUCAUCUUGACAAGGAUUCCUAAUUGGAUCUACUUUGGAAUUACUGUAUGUUUACUCUGAAGAAGGAGCAGCCUAGGAUGUAAAAUUAGCAGCAACAGUCCUGUUCCAGAAUAAUAUGAUUAUGGUUUGAGUUGUUUUUAUUUUAAUUUUGGGAAAAAAUACCUAUUUGACUAUUGACUAUUCAAUGUUCUGUAAUGAAAAAUGCACUGUAUUCAAAGUAGAGAAAGGAUUUCUAGAGAGUAAUAACCUACCAAUGUUUCUUGAUUUGAUCU